GUUACUGUUACAGUUAUCAACUAAAAAGUGUCAAAAGUUACAUUUUUAGAUGUUUUUCGGGAAAUCUAAGGCAGCUGACCAGACUGUUCCUCAGUCAAUCAAUCGAGAACCUUUACCAAAGAACUGUGAAGUGUUGACAACAGAGUGGGGGAGUAAGGUCUAUGUAUUGGGAACCAAUGGAUUCUGUAGAAAAUGUCUUCUAAAUGUAUCCAAGAUUAUACAACAACUGCGUCCAAGUGUAGUUUCUUUGCAAUGCAGUUCUUCUAAAUUAGAUGAAAUCAAACUUAAAGAAGAAGACGCCCUGAAGAAACGUGAUAUUUCUCCAUUGGCUCUGAACCUGUGGGUGUUCUGUAUGACAGUUUUUGGGGAUGGACUUGUAGCAACUAUGCUGUAUAAACAGAUGACUCUAAAGUCAAAGCAGACAGGACUAGCCCCUGAUGCAGACUUUAGACAAGCUUAUAAUGAGAGGAAGAAGAUUCCCGACUGCAGACUUCACCUGGCUGAUUUACCACAUGAAGCUGUUGUCUAUAGAACCUGGGGAGUUCCCAGCCUCAGGGAGAAAUUCACAUAUGCCAGGAGAUUGUACCAGAGACAAAAGAAAGAACUGAAAGAUCCUGCAGAAGAGCAUGAACUAGAAUUGGAUAAAGAACGCAGAGAGCAGGCCAUGGAGAGGGAGUUUGACUCCUUACCAGCGUUCAAGAGAGUACUGAUCGGUGAUAGGGAUAGAUAUCUAGCUUACUCCCUGAAGAAAGCAGCAGAACCCACCCCCACAGAUAAAACACCAGUGGUGGUUGGAAUAGUAAGAAAUGAACAUUUGGAUGGAAUCAGAGCCAACUGGAACACUGUAGAUUUGGAUGUUGACAAACUUACAACGGUGGAGAGGAAAUACGUGGUGUACGAAGCCUUGAAGUACGGCGCCGUGAUGAUGCUCUGCACUCACUUAAUAACUCGUAAAAUUCGAAAUAGGAAAGCGUGGGAUUUAUAUUUUAAUGUCAAGAAGAAGCGCUAGUGUGAUUUUAAUAAAAUAGGAAA